AUGGAUGAAUAUCUGGCCUUGGGACAUAUGGUGCCUACUUCGGAACGGGAUUGUACCCCUCCCGUUUAUUAUCUUCCCCAUCACGGGGUGUUCAAAGAAAGCAACGGCGAAAUCAAGACGCGAGUCGUUUUUAACGCCUCCAGCCGAACCGACACGAGGAUUUCACUUAAUGACAUUCUCCACUCUGGAACUAAGCUGCAAACGGAAAUCGGAGAUGUCUUAUUGUGGAUACGAUCACACCGAAUUGUUUUUUCAACCGACAUUGUGAAGAUGUUUCGACAGAUCGCCGUCCACCCGGAAGACUGGAAAUAUCAACGAAUCAUGUGGCUCAACACGGAAGACCAGCCGACCGAUUAUUCGCUUACAACCGUUACGUAUGGUAUGUCAUGUGCACCUUUUCUGGCCCUACGAUGUCUCCAACAACUGAUACACGAAGAUGGUACACGAUUCCCGAAAGCUGUCCUCCCUCUUACACGAGGCCGUUACGUCGACGAUAUUUUCGGCGGCGCUGAUUCUCUUGUUGAAGCGCGAGAGAUCAUGCAACAAGUUGUGCUACUAUGCGAUGGCGGUGGUUUUGCUCUUCAGAAAUGGCAUAGCAAUUGCUCCGAACUUUUCAACACCGAAUUUCUUAAUACUAGCGAGAGAUCCUCGGGAGUGGAAAUUGAGCCAUCACUCGUUAAGUUACUGGGUCUCGUCUGGGAGCCUAGCACGGACACGUUUCGUUUUUCAUCCCAUCAGUCGUCUUCCUCAUUCCUAUCCAAGAGGAUUUUAUUAUCGAAAAUCGCGAAAUUCUUUGAUCCGCUAGGAUUGAUAUCACCCGUGCUGAUACGUGCCAAGAUUUUAAUACAGGAACUCUGGCUGCUUAAAAUCAGUUGGGAUGACGAACUUCCGACGGAGAUACACCAACGCUGGACUACGUUCCGACUUCAGCUAUCUAAAUUGGAGCAACUAUCAGUACCCAGAUGGCUCGGACCCCUGCGUUCGUCGACCCAGGUCGAGUUACACGGGUUCUCCGAUGACUCCUUGUUAGCCCUCGCUAUUGCUGUGUACGUAAGAGUGGAUGAUCCGGUGGAGGGUGUCUCUGUUCGUUUGAUCUGCGCCAAGACCAGAGUGGCCCCGCUCAAACGCCUCUCGAUACCACGCUUGGAACUGUCGGCUGCACUCCUUCUCGCCCGUCUUGCCGCACACGUUCAAAAUACGCUCGAGCUACAAUGUUCAAAUAUCUUUUUGUGGACGGAUUCAUCCGUAACCCUGGCUUGGGUGAACGCCCAUCCCUCCUGA